UUCGCAGUCCAUCCUGUACACACCGAAGCGGUAGCUAAUAUCUCUGGCAGAGCGGAACUAUUGAUGAGUGUCUUCGUGCUGGCACUCAACGUUGUGGUUUUUUCUACUCUGAUCGUGUUGGCAACGUUUAGCAAAGAGCAGGGCAUCACCCCCAUCUGCAUCGCCAUGGAGUUCUUGAACGGAAUACCACGAAAGAAAUCCUUUCUGACUCGAUGUUCUCUUUCAUUUCUACGCUUGUAUGUGAACAAUUUCACAUCGCCAAAGUUCACUGAGUUGGACAAUGCAGCUGCAUUUUUGGCAUCUUACAGCCAUCUGUGGCUCAUAAACCUUCGCCUUCUAAUCCUACCGUAUUCCCUCUGCUUCGACUAUUCAAUGGGUUGCAUUCCGGUCGUACAGAACUGGACAGACCUUCGUGCUCUUGCACUGCCAACUGUACUGGCACUGAAAUGUGUCAUAUGCAUCACAUUAAGUGCUAUUUCAGCCGUCAUCGGUGUUAUCACUUUCCUACCGGCAAGUAAUCUGCUCGUUACUGUUGGUUUCACCGUUGCUGAAAGAGUUCUGUACCUGCCGUCUGUGGGAAUGUGCAUCAUCAUGGCUCGGAUAUUCGAGAUAGCACGACGUCGAAUCCAAAACGCCGAGAAGUUCUUAAUUGCGGUUCUGGUCAUCGCUAUGACGAUGACUUAUCAGCGCUGUGAGGAAUGGCGUACUGAGCUCGACCUUUACGCAAGUGGUCUACGUGUCUGCUCGCAAAACGCUAAAGUUCACUACAACCUUGGCAAAGUUCUAAGCAAAAUCGGUGACGUGACUGGAGCGGAACACAAUUAUUGGAAUGCUAUCCGGUUGAAUCCGAACUAUGAGCAUGCAAUGAAUAAUUUGGCAAACAUUCUGGAGGCCAAGGGACGAAGUGGAGAAGCUGAAAUUCUCCUCAGAAAGGCACUCAGGGGCCGUCCUACGUUCGCCGUUGCCUGGAUGAAUCUUGGCAUCACCCUGAUGAACCAGGGAAGAUACGAGGUAAGCACCUCAUCGGCAAUGAUCUAUGAAGUAUCCCUUAUACAGCAUUUUCAUUCGCCUCAACGGGUGCAUUUUAUCGAAACCUCCUGCAGCCUUUCAGCAUAG